GCCCGGUACCGGCCCGGGUUGGUACCGAGACCGGGCCGGGGCCGGGUCAGGUCGGGUCUAAGUUUUUUUUUUUUUAUUUGUUUUUUCCGAUUUUAUUCCUACCCCCAAACCACCCAGCCCCACCCGCCUAGCAGCCAAUUAAUGGGAAAAAAUCAAAAAAAAAAAAAAAAGGACCGGCCGGGCCGGUUCACAUUUUGCAAGGCCCGUAGCCCACCCCUCUACCACCCGAUUCGGGUCCCUAGUCCCGGUACUGCCUGGUCGGGGCUGCACAGUACCGGUCCGGUCCAGGUCCCGGGUCGGGCCGACCCGUCAUAGUCUAGUCCAUCCCUAGAUGACCAUAGUUUCCUAAAUAGGACUUAUUUGUGAUUGAAGAUUAAGAACCCUCGUUAUGUUAGGGAACUAGGAGGCAAUUACUUAUAUGAAUAGUAGAAACGUACGUAGUAAUAUUUAAUCUUACUUAAAGAAUAUAAAAACAUGAACUAUUCAAGGAAUAGGACCAUGUUUUUGUACUAUUUAGUGCAAUUUUACCUUGAGAGAUCUAAUUCAACACUUGCUGGUGUACUUUAAAGUUAAAGAUGCUAAACUUAGAGUAAUUAAGGCAGUCCUUUUAACCAUUUGCAGUUCUACACUUCUACUCAUACUAUUUGGAAAGGCUAGAUUACUACGGAGUAGAAUUUUUUAUGCUGCUGCUACUAGGGGUGGGCAAGAAAAGUCGUAACCGGCAAACCAUGGUAAAUAACCGGAAAACCGGUGUUUUUUCCGGUUAACCAUACCGUGUUUUUAAAAUCUUGUGGUACGGUUAACCAACCGGUAGGAAAAACAGUUUACGGUACGGUUAUGCCGUUACGGGUUUUAAAUUAAAUACCGCCAGUUAACCAUUAAUAAAAGGUUAAGACAUUACUCCCGAAUUUAUACAUAGAUUCUGCUUAUCAAUUUUCGAAUUACUGUUCAUAUCUAUUCCAGAUAUAUUUAGUACUCCGUACUACGUAUUUGGUAAAACUGCUCUUCAACAUGCAUGUCAAUAUACUUUGGCUGCGAGGCUGCAAUUUGAGUGUUUAACAGAAAUCCAGUAUGAAUUCAUAAAACAAUGUUGACACACCAAGACCAUCAGUUCACUUUGCCAGAAACAAUCCUGGUCCUAAGAGGCAAUGGCAGCUUGGUGACAAUAUUGGUGGAGGCCAUGGCCGCCGAAAGAACAGGGCCGCAGCUCCCAGCCAUACUGGACAAAUGGGUGAUACAAUUGUUGAAUAUAGGGGAGAUACAAUUGUUGAACAAGGCUUCUCUGGACACAUGGGUGAUACAAUUGUUGAAUAUAGGGGAGACUGAGAAAAUCAUAAAUACUGAACGAAUGGAUGAAUUACUACACGCUCCAGCUAGAAUUGGGAAAUCCCUGGGAACGCACAAGCUAAGACAUGGAAAUAGGCAAAUAGCUGAACUGCCUUGGCUGAAAACGGAUUUUCUACAAUGGAAUUUUCGGUUAACCAACUAAUGAAUUGAACGGUUAACCUAUAUUGCGGUUAAUUGUUACCUGGUUAACCGUAUAUACGGUACGGUUAAUGAUAUUAUAAACAUACUAACCGAUAUCUCGGUUAACCAUAGGUUGGUUAACCGAAAUACGGUUAACCAACCGUGUCCACUCCUAAUUAAUACAGUCUUUCAUUUUUGAAUAGCAGAUAUCGACAUUGCAAGUAAACCCAGAGUCUCUUUUAAACAAGAAAUUGGGAAAUCAUGUUUUAACAUGAAAGAACAAGCUGAGCACCGGCAGGGGCCAACACAACUCUGAUAAAAGGCACUCCAUUCAGCUACACUUUUGUAAUGAAUACAAUAUCAUGACGAGCAGGAAUGUCACCUAGAGAACCCUUGCAAAAUUUCAGAAAAUACUUAUGUGUUAAAUUCACCAUAAUUUAAUCAAAACCUCUCAGCCAAACGGGCGGUGACUGCUCUAAGCUUGGAAUACACCUUCCCAGCAGGAGACCCCAUAAUCAGACUGCAAAGUGAAUCUCUUGCAACCUUUAUAUUUGUAUAUGAAUCUUAGUAUCAGCAAUCACAAUGCGUGUUUUCGUCGAGUUCUCAAUAGCAAACUUGGUCUUUCCUCCUUUACCAGAUAACCUUCCAAUCGCCCUGGACAAAUGCUCCCCUCGGAGUGUCUUCACAUCCUUGAUCUCAAAUGAAUCAACAUAUAGCUCGUCCACCCGGAGGAGAGCAUAAAGGCGUUCACAAAGUCAGCGGACUUCUGGAUGUUGCUGAUGUCAGGUCGGGUCUUUAGCUCCACCCUACGGGCCUUGAGAUUCAUACGUAUGUCAACUUUCAUCUGCUCAAAGAUUGGGGUGUAGAUGUCCAUCCAGGCUUUCUUCAAAGGUGUGUAUCUAUGCGACGGCACAGGAAUUUUUCGGAACUGCACCUGGCCAUCGGAUAUUUCAUGCGCUGUAAGUGGCUUGAAGUUUGGCUUAACUGGAAGGCUGCCUGGAUUGCUAGCAGGAGGUGGGUCACAUCAGAGGUUACAUUCUCGAUUUCCAUGGUUGAAAUCCGAGUAAGAGAAAACCUGGCAGAGUAUGAAUUCAGAAAAGAGGGAGUAUAAAAUAAAGAUCAAGGAACACGAUGAAAAUGAGCUGAAGAGAUCAAGUCCAACAUUCUAAAUAUAAAAAAAAUCGGUAGAUUUGUAGAGUAUGGGUCAAUAUAUAUAGAAGUCUAGGCAAGGCGAGAAGUCCGUGACAAAGUACUACACCGACCUCCAGAUGCUUUGGCAGGAGAUGGACCUCUACUGUGUACAAGUGGAGCUGCUCAAAAGACAGCGCCUUGUACCAGAAGAUUGUCGAGAAAGGGAGAGUAUUUGACUUUCUAGUUGGCUUGAAUGCAGAUCUUGAUGAAGUCAGAGGCAGAAUUCUUGGUCGAGAUCCACUUCCAAGCACACGUGAGGUUUUUUCAGAAGUCCGGAGAGAAGAAAGCCGCCGUCAAGUCAUGUUGGGACCCGGGGUUAGUGAUGCUGCACCAACACGUCCAGAGAUGAGUGCUAUGGUGACUUCCAAACCUGAUUUCAACAACCGGUUCCCAAAGAAAUCUGACCGGCCAACCUGUGAACACUGCAACAAGGUUGGACACAUCAAAGCUAAGUGCUGGAAACUCCAUGGCAAGCCAGCUGAUCUCCCACGACCCUUCAACGACAACAAAAGUGCUCUUCAAGUCUCCCAGCCGACACCAAGCAGCCCCAGAGCUUCACCAUCGACUCCAGAACAGUCUUUCUUCUCUAAAGACAAUUUAGAGCAAUUGUUCAAGCUAUGGACCACUCAUCAGUCAUCAUCAUCCCUAGCACAAAAAGGACCUAUGCUCCGGGAAGAUGAUUGGCAGUGCUAAAGAAUAUGGAGGGCUAUACUACUUCAAAUCCGAGGCAACCUUGAAUAAACAAAUUCAGAAACCUCAUUGUUCUAGUUUAUUUUCAGUAUCUGAUAAAAUAAUGUUAUGGCACUUUCGUUUAGGUCAUCCAAGUUUUAGUUAUUUGAAGCAUUUGUUUCUUUCUAUGUUUCAAAAUGAGAACAUUGAUCUUUUGCAAUGUGAAAUUUGUCAAU